AAUGUCAAAUUAUUAUUUUUUAAGUCUCUCCCCCCAACCCAAAUUCUUUUUUUCUCCGAUCAGCUAGCGCGGAUGAGUUCCUCGCCUCACCGUCCUCGCGGCGACGGCAACGGCGAGAACAGGCCGAGAUCCUUCGACUCAAAGACGAAGACCAUCUGUUGGACGAAGGCGGAUGUUGUCCCCGGCCGUCACCCUGACCGGUGGCGCAAAGACGCCGCCGGCAACAUUGUCUGCAAGCGUUUCUUCAACUGCCUCGGCUGCCUCUGCUACGAGUACGAUCACAUCGUCCCCUUUUCCAAAGGUGGUGAGUCCACGGCGGAAAAUUGCCAAAUACUUCAAUCAAGAGUGAACAGAUUUAAAUCGGAUAAAUCUCAGAUUGAUUCGGAGGAAUUGAAGGGGUACUCUUGUGAUGUUAAUUUCACUGAUAAGGAGCUCGAUGUUAUUGAGAUGGCUGUUUAUGGCGAUGUAAUUCGACCAGGAAACCAGUGUCGUUGCAGGACGGUUGCUGAAAUGCUUGGCAAAUACAAGCUUAAAGACAAGACAGAUGCGUGCAAGUUACCAUAGGAAGAUGAAUCUUUGGUACAACAAACAUUCUUUCAAGAUACAUUUAUAAUGUAUUAAAGACAGAUAGAUACAUGUACAAUAGUGAUUUUUCUGAUACUCAUUUUAACAUGUACCCAUAAUUUAAUAGUCGUACUUUUAAGCCUUAAAAAGCAAAGGAAAACAGUGAUGUAGACUAUUC